AUGAGUCAAACAUUCCUUACUUGUAUGGGACAAUUAUUGGUGUCGAGGAGCCAUUUUUAUCUGAAAAUGGCUUCAGUAAUUGAGCAGCUCGACAUUGUUGAUGCGCAUUUUGCCAUCAAGGAGGAGCUGGUGUCGGUAAUGCAGAACAAACUCGACGAUGCGGUCCUCGAAGUGUUGACGACCACAUUGGGGCGGAAUCGCUCGUGCAACCUCACGCUGGACGAUGUCCAGUUCAUCCAGAAGCCCCAGCGGGAGCCGACGCUGCAGCUGUACUGCACAGUGCAGGCGCAGCUGCUGCCCUACCUGCAGGCCAUGAUGGAGUACCUGCGCCAGGACCUGCACAACUUUCUCUACACCCCCAAGUACACCGACCCCAAGCCAGAGAACCACUUCAAGCCCUACGUUGAGCACCCUGCUCACGCACUGUGCCACAAGGAUGAAGAUGUCUUCCUCUUCAUCCGCUUCAAGCAGGGAACGCCGAGCAACGGUAUUGCCUGCAUCAUCCUGUCGAUGGUGGACGCCCAAGGCCGCCCCGUCCAGUUCCUCAGCUGCCCGCUUCCCAAGGCAGGGGCCUUCAGCGGCACCGAGGCCCCCACAGAGUUCAAAGACGUCUCAUUCCUCUCGCACGAGCAGGUCAGCGAAGUCGGCGCCGACGGCACGCCCGGUCCGAUGGCGAUGAUCCGCUUCCAGCUGUGGUGCCUGGGUAAAGACUAUGUGGACCAGCUGGUCCGCAGGAUGCAGAGCGCGGUGCAGCAUGCCUACUGGGACGUGCUCAUGGAGUACCAGUUGCUCACCUGCCCCGUGUUCCAGGAGCCCCACGACGAACCCGCCUGCUUCAGCGAACCCCCGACGCCUGUCAAAGUGCGGCGGACGGGUCGUGUGGUGGCAGAGCAGGUACGGGACAAGCCGUUCCUUUUUGGGAUGUUUGCAUCGCGGACAAAGGAGAUGUCGUCGUCGGUGCCGGACAUGACUGAGAGGAUCAAGUCGCCCAAGGAAACGUCCACCGAGUUCAAUUUCUCGGAUGCACUGUUCAACGAAGCGGGGCCUUCGGUGCCAACAACGAUGCACCUGAGCCCGGGGAGGUCGCUGGACGCAGAGUCUGCGCCGAUGGACGACUGGGCCACCGCUGGCGCCAAGAAGCUGAAUCCCGCUUUCCAUCAGGCCGUUCGCUCGUUCUUGGAGGGCGGCGUCGCAGUCGGCGUUCCGAGCCUCUCCGUUCACCCGUGCACGGUGAAGGCUCGUCGGGCGAUACCACUGGUCCUCAAGGAGCUCCAGCACGGGCUCAAGAACCUGGCGCCCGAGAUCUCGCUUGCCAUGUUUGCGGAGGAAAACUGCAAGGGAAGGCGCAUCAGCCGGCACCCGGAGUUCAUCAACUUCAACCCGUUGAACAAGCUGAGCAUGUUUCCCGAGAAGCACGUGGAAGGCGUGCCCCCAGGCAGCAGCCAGCGCUUCAUCGUGGUUGGCCGAGACGUCGCCCAAUGGCAAGCCUUCAUGGGGGUGGCCAGCCUCUCCGCCUUCUUGGAGACCUCUCGCGUCACCAAGAGUAAGUCUGGUUUCUGA